CUUCCGAACAUGUGUGAAGCUGUGCUAGAAAGGGCUCGCCUACAAAAGGAAGGCGCUAAGCGGAAAUAUCAAUUAUUUAAAAUUGAAAAUAUGACCGUUACAUCACCACCAGUACUGAAAGUCUAUUAUUGGGAAUAUUUCGACAUAGAUAAACUCAACAUGGAAAUUCAUAAUGAUGGCAGUAAUUUCCAUCAUGACAUUGUAAUGCCAAUGCGCCAAAUCAAUAGUCGUCCGUUGAAAAUUGUACUCUGGAUACGAAAUUUGUCCGACAAAAAUAUCGAUAUCCGUUUAAAACGCAUUCAACAAUGCAAUUGUGUUCCUCUGGAAACGCGCGUGGGUUUCAAUCAGUUCCGGCAGUUAUUUCACUGCCCACACAGGCGUCUUAUACACAUUCUCCAGGAGGCCAUACACAUGAAGCCAGACGAUUUGGUAGCGAUGAGGGUCGUUUUUUAUUAUUUUCUGUUGGGCGAGCAUACGCUCACAUAUGUAUUCAACUGCUCUGAUGAUCGCGUUAUUACGGUGAACUUUAAACUCAAUGUUAUCGGUUUCGAUCCGAACGCUUGCGUUAUGACAAAGGAGCUUAUACCAACCAAUUUAAGGGAACAUCGCCGCUUCGUUCAACCGAUAUGGGUACGGAACAUAACGGCACAACAUUUGAAUUUCGUAUUUUCGACCCGCGAACGAGGUUUGAAAUUAUUAAAUCCGAACUUAACUGUACCCCGACUGAGUGUAUGGCCUUUAAUGGUGGAAUAUAGGCCGAGUGAUGUAGAAAAUGAGCUCGAGUUCAACUUGAACUAUGAAAAUACCCGUACGAAAUUCACUGUUAAAGCAAUGGGUUAUCUAAACAAAAUGGACGAUGAACCGGAGGUUCCUAUUGAGGAUUAUCAAUGUUUAGAUUUCCCUUAUGUUAUUUAUCCCAAUAUGCUUGAAUUCGAUAUACAACGCUUAGAGCAAAGAAGUUUUAUGGUCGCAAUACAUAACUACAACCAAAAAUGUGUUGAGUUUCGUUGGCAAAACUACUUUAUCAGCGACUUAUUUGAAGUAACUUUUGAGCCGAAAAUAUUUCGUGUUAAGCCACAUCAUUCCAAACUAUGCGUAGUAAAUGUACGUGCUUUUGAACGCGGUCUAUUCUUUAAACGCAUUCCAUUAGCUUUGGAAGUCCAUCGCGUUCUCGAUAAAUCAACGAAAAUUGCAAAGGAGCUCUUGGAAGAAGUUGAGUCUAUCGAUGAUCCCAAAUGGAAAGAGCCCAGCUAUAUUGAGCACAUAUAUUUACAUCUAAAUCUGAAAGUAAAUUUUAAACCUGUGGAAAAUGUAAACAUUACUUGGGAUCCAUCACCACCAAAAUGUGAGCAUUUAUCGAUAAAAACAUCAAAUACAACUAUUUUCGAAAAAUUAUUCUGGGAGUAUUUAUCUGAAUCGAAUUUUAUGCGGCCAACGGCUUCCCAAGAUAUUAAUGAUGAGCUCAGUUAUGACGACGUUAUACGACUGCAUUCCGGUCCAUUACCCUUUAUAAAAACCAUAGAUAUCAAUCGCAAUGGCAUUCUACAAAUUAUCAGUCAGCUAAUCGCCGAAUCUCUUCGUGAUUUGUCUAAGAAUUGGCGCUUCAUCCCGGUCGAAUAUGCUGAAGACCCUCAAUAACACACUAAGCUUAUCAAUACCGACUACGCAAAUUAUGCCAAUACAGUGAUAGCGGUAGCAUCGAAUCUCGUUGCAAGCAUUUUUGAUCGGUCAAUCUAACA